AUGGAGAAUGCUAGGAAAAGAUUGGGGGCUUUCUUAGAUGGUAAACCAGGCUUGGCUGAUGAUUUCAAUGAUUGUGUUGACAAUAGCUUCUCAAUUGUAGAGUUUGAAUUCAAAUGGCAAGCUAUGCUGGAUAAACAUGAGAUCAAUGAUGAUGAAAGGUUCCAGCAUUUGUAUGAAAUGAGAAAUUGCUGGGUUCUGGCUUACUUCAUGAAUAAUUUCUUCCCUUUUCUGCAAACAAUAUCACGGAGUGAAGGAUUCAAUGCUGUCCUAAAGCGAUAUGUGAACCCAAUGAAUUCAAUACUGAACUUUGUUCACCAGUACAAGAAAAUACAGAAUAGAAUAUUCAGCAAACAAACAAUGCAUGAGGCUAAUACAACUGUCAAGGUUCUGCACUACUUGACUGGACACCCCAUGGAAAGACAAAUGAAGAAAAUGUACACAAGGAAGUUGUUCAAUGUUUUUCAAGAUGAGCUACAGCUGAGUUCUAGUUACUAUAUUGUUCGAGUUGAAGGUGAUAACUUACUUGAUGUUGUUCCAUAUGGGCAUUGUCCCCAUCACUUGUAUGGGGAUAGAACAUUCAAGGUUUCGGCGAACAGCGUUGAUGGUUUGUAUAGCUGUGAUUAUUGCAAGUUUCAGAGGGACGGGGUUCUUUGUUGUCAUAUACUAAAGGUGUUUGAUGCACUUGCUGUCCGUGAGGUGCCAAGUCAUUACAUUUUGCCUAGGUGGUCUGCUGAAAGGGUGAAUGAUGGUGAGAAUGUGGAAGUUACUGGUGAGCCGCUGCAGGCCAUGCAAAUUUCAAACCUGGGGAGGCAUGCUGUCCGUUACCAUACAAUUUGCACCAAUGUUGCCCAGUUCGUACGACCUUUCAUGGUUGAGGAUGAAAGUCACAGCAUUGUUUUGAAGCAUGUAAUUGCGAUGCAAGCUGAGCUUAAUGCACACAAAAAUGGAGGGGUGCCAAGUUCUGCUUCACAAAUGCAAUCCAAUGUCGCGCAGACUGGAAGCAUGGUUGGUGGAGGCUGGUGCUGA